GAGAGAGAGAGAGAGAGAGAGAGUGUGUGUGUGUGUGUGUGUGUGUGAGAGAGAGAGAGAGAGAGAGAGAGUGUGUGUGUUUGUCGAGGUGAAGUUGGCGGAGAACAAAAGCAUCGCGGGAAGCGUUAAAGCAAACAGCUGAACUCCUCAAGCUCAGGUAGACAUGGCGAUGCGAGGCCACACCUCUGGGUCAUUAAUGAGUAAUCAUACUAAGGAGAGAGUGACCAUGGCCAAGGUGACUCUGGAGAACUUCUACAGCACACUGAUCACACAGCAUGAGGAGAGAGAGAUGAGGCAGCAGAAACUGGAGAAAGUAAUGGAUGAGGAGGGACUUCCUGAUGAAGAGAAGCGAGUGAGACGCUCUCAGCAUGCGAAGAAGGAGACAGAGUUCCUGCGCUUGAAAAGGACAAGACUUGGCUUGGAUGACUUUGAGUCCCUAAAAGUGAUCGGACGCGGAGCAUUUGGAGAGGUGCGUCUGGUGCAAAAGAAGGACACAGGUCAUGUUUAUGCCAUGAAGAUCCUGCGUAAAGCUGACAUGUUGGAAAAAGAACAGGUGGCUCAUAUCCGAGCAGAGAGAGAUGUCCUGGUUCAGGCAGACAGUCUGUGGGUGGUGAAGAUGUUCUACAGCUUCCAAGAUAAACAGAAUCUUUACCUGCUCAUGGAGUUCCUGCCUGGAGGUGACAUGAUGACACUGCUGAUGAAGAAGGACACUCUGACGGAGGAGGAGACGCAGUUCUAUGUGGCUGAAACCGUUCUAGCUAUCGACUCCAUCCACCAGCUGGGCUUCAUCCACAGGGACAUCAAACCUGAUAACCUGCUGCUUGAUUCAAAGGGUCAUGUUAAACUCUCUGAUUUCGGUCUGUGUACUGGACUGAAGAAAGCUCAUCGUACAGAGUUCUACAGGAACCUCAGCCACAGCCUCAACACUGACUUCACCUCUCAGAACAUGAACUCUAAGCGGAAAGCAGAAACGUGGAAACGCAACAGGAGGCAGCUGGCAUUUUCCACAGUGGGAACCCCAGACUACAUUGCUCCAGAGGUGUUCAUGCAGACAGGCUACAACAAGCUCUGUGAUUGGUGGAGUCUGGGUGUCAUUAUGUACGAGAUGCUGAUUGGAUAUCCACCCUUCUGUUCGGAGACUCCUCAGGAGACGUAUAAAAAGGUGAUGAACUGGAAGGAGACACUGGUUUUCCCCCCUGAGGUGCCCAUUUCCGACAGAGCCAAACAUCUCAUCCUCAGGUUCUGUUGUGAAGCAGAUCAUCGUAUUGGAGCUACAGGCGUUGAGGAGAUUAAGAGGAACCCAUUCUUCGAGGGAGUUGAUUACGAUCACAUCAGAGAGAGACCAGCAGCAAUCCCCAUCGAAAUCAAGAGCAUUGACGACACAUCAAACUUUGAUGAGUUUCCUGAGUCGGACAUCCUGCAGCCUGCAGCUGCAGCAGGGAGUAGUCAUGCAGAGUCGAACUAUAAGAAUAAGGACUGGGUUUUCAUCAACUACACGUAUAAGCGGUUUGAGGGUCUGACCGCACGGGGGGCCAUUCCAUCCUACAUGAAGGGAGGGAAGAGAUGAGUGCAGAGACACACCUGCAUGUCUGUCUGUCUGUCCGUCCCACUCUUCUGUCUGUCUCACUCUAGUACUGUAACCCCCCACCCCAACACUACGAGACUUCAUCCUAUCCCAUCAUCCCCUGCAGCCACACACACGGAACCCUGUGAGAGCAGAAGGGACUUUAUUUAUUUUAUUCCAACUUUUACUUUUCCAGUGUUGCCAUAGCAACCAGAGGUACUGAAACAUCAGGACGUUGUUUUUUUUUCACAUCCGUCUUACAGAACACGUCUUCUGCUUGUUUCAGUUUCAGAAUUCAGGCUUUCCUGGUUACCAUGGUGACACCACACCUUUGCAGUGAGGGUUUUCUAGAAUUUAAUGAUUCAGGAACAGCAUAACAACACACACACACACACACACACACACACACUUCCUCCCUCUAUAAGCUCUUUUAUACAUAUAUCGAGUCAUAUAGCCUGUAUUUUUGUCAUUUAUUUUUGUAUCUCGCGCACACACACACACACACACACACACGCACACACACACACACACACACACACGUAUAAUGCUCGAACAAUAUUCCAUCAUCAGUGUCCUGCGACAUCAGUGGUGUGUGUUUUAUUUGAUUUGAUUUAACUUUAAUUUUAUUCUUUUAUUAUAAUCACUUAAGCUCCUGUUUUGUUUCUCUUUAUAUUGUUGCCAUGACAACAGAAUACUGUUUCUGAUACUACUCAUAUUUGUUAUUUAUUACUGUUUAUAUUGUCUUUAUAUGUUGCUGUAAUAUAAUACGUGUAGAUGGUACGAGCUGAAUGGGAGAGAGUACUCUUCAUAAGAUACACACACAACACACACACAACACACACACAGCACACACACACAACACACACACACUAAACACACACACACAGCGCACACACACACUAAACACACAACACACACACACAGCACACACACACAACACACACACAGCACACACAGCACACACACACACAGCACACACACACACAACACACACACACACUAAACACACAACACACAGCACACACUAAACACACAACACACACACACAGCGCACACACACACACAGCGCACACACACACAACACACACACACACAACACACACACACAGCACACACACACACACAGCACACACACAACACACACACAGCACACACACACAACACACACACACUAAACACACAACACACACACACUAAACACACAGCACACACAGCACACACACACACACACAGCACACUAAACACACAACACACACACACAACACACACACUAAACACUCGCGCACACAGCACGCGCACACAGCACGCACACACAGCACACACACAGCACACACACAGCACACACACAGCACACACACACACAGCACACACUAAACACACAACACACACACACAGCGCACACACACACACAGCGCACACACACACAACACACACACACACAACACACACACACAACACACACACACAGCGCACACACACACAACACACACACACAACACACACACACUAAACACACAACACACACAGCACACACACACACACACAGCACACUAAACACACAACACACACACAACACACACACACCACACACACACUAAACACUCGCGCACACAGCACGCACACACAGCACACACACACAGCACACACAGCACACACACACACAGCACACACACACACAACACACACACACUAAGCACACAACACACACAGCACACACUAAACACACAACACACACACAGCGCACACACACACACACACACACACACACACAACACACACACACAGCACACACACACAACACACACACACUAAACACACCACACACACACAGCACACACACAACACACACACACUAAACACACCACACACACACAGCACACACACAACACACACACACUAAACACACAACACACACACAGCACACUAAACACACACACACACACUAAACACACAGCACACACACACUAAACACACAGCACACACACACACACACACACACUAAACACACAGCACACACACACACACACACACACACACUAAACACACAGCACAGACACACACACACACUAAACACACAGCACACACACACACACACUAAA